AUGGACACAGAUUAUUCUAAGAGAGUGUACCAAGGUGUUCGAGUCAAGCAUACAGUCAAAGACCUGCUGGCUGAGAAGCGAUCACGACAGACAAAUGGGCCCAGAUACAGUACUGGAGGAUCGACCACUCCACCUUCAUUUGUCCAAAUGGCAGGGUCUCAUAUGGUGCCCAGCUACUAUGGCAUGAGGCGUCCCUUCAUCUCCGAUUCAGACUUCUGUGGGUCCACCAAGCAGUUCUCCCCGGACGUGUAUUCCUCCACACUGGGUGGUAAGCCUCUGGGCUGUGAGCCUUCCACCAUGACCAGCUACUCCUCCUUCAUUGACAGCUACUACCCAGACACCUUUGGUGAUUACCGCAGCACCACUGCCUUCUCCAGCUCUGGAGGAUCCUUCCUCUCGUCAUCAGCCCUCUCGUCCCUGCUUCCUUCCUUCAGUGGAGAGUCCUCACAUUUGUUUCUGAGAGACGCAUGGGAGCAGUCAGUACCAGAGCCAGUAUCCCAGGUGGAGGCUCUCUGUCCGGACAGCCUGGCCCCCAUCAGUGUUCCACCUUCCAUGCCCAGCCCUGAACCCCCUGGUAGCCCUUCCCAGUACCGUGCCUCUAGCCGAGGUUCCUCCAGCAGCCAGCCCUACACCCUGCAGUCUCUGGAGGAUGCCCACUACCAUGCUCUAACCACCACUAGCUCCUAUCCUCCUCCUAUCCCCUCCUCCUCCUUCACCUGCCCUCCCUACAUGAGCAGCAGCAUCAGUGACCCAGUGUCCAAGAUGGUGACAGAGGAGGCCGAGAGCCAUGCCGGCCUCCCACUGAGUGGUGAGGCUCACGCCUCCUGGGCUAAAGAGGAUGGAGUAAGCUCCUGGUUGCCCUAUGAGAAUAAGAAAGUGUACCAGGGCGUCCGAGUGAAGAUCACUGUCAAAGAACUGCUGCAGAGGCGCAGAGCCCGAGAGGCCAACAGCAAAAAAGUUAAAACGGAUAUUUGCGGAUCCACAUUCCCAAGUCGCUAUGUGGACCCUCCUCUCCCCAUUCCCGAAGAGGGCGCGAGCACCUGUGACGCGCGAGCCCUCCAGCUGCGCACCGCCGCGUUCCCGGUCCCAAACAGCUCGUGCUCCAUUCAAAUGCAGGGGGGGACAUUAAACCAGAUCCAGCAGCAAACUGGGGACAUGAUGUUGCCGAGCAACGGCUACAGUGUCAAUAACAACAACAGCAUCGGCGGCGGCAGCUACACCGCAUCCCUUCCUCCUCCGCCCACCUUCCCGCUGCCCUGGUGCCAUGGACUCUCCUCAGAUGCGGACUAUUACGGCCAUGAGAUGGCUCCCUGUUCCUCAUCAGAGUCACUGAAACUCCUCAGCACCAUGGAUCAGAGCAGCUACUCGCCACAGGACUCUUUCUCCUCCUCCUCUUCCUCCUGCUAUGACUCGCCCACCAGGAUGGAGUCCAGCUUCCAUGGCUUCACCUCAGAGGACUUCCACUACCAGCACUUCAACCUCCAGGACUGUUUCUCCCUGCCCUACUGCUGGUCAGGCCAGCAGGAGAGCUUCUCUGCUCCUGAAUACACACCUUACUACAACCCCACAGACUAUUCAUAUGCAUGUCCUGUGGAAGACAACUAUUUCAAGAGGGAUUUGCAUAUGAGCUCUGAAAUGUGCUAUAAUGUACUAUGA